AAUCGACCCGGAUAUCCUUGGCUUUCUUUGAAGUCGUCGUACCAAUUCAUCGGUCGCUAGACACAACUUUCCCAACAGUAACAACAAGAGUAACUACACACGAUACUCAUACAACAACAACAAUCAUAUAAUCACGCAAGAAUGAUGCUCAAGAUGCAAGCAACCGACUUUGGCAAUUCCCGCAACGAGUGUCGUUCGCGUGCGGCGUUGCGCAUGGCGCGACGCGUCGUCAUCAAGGCCGGCACUUCGGUGGUGGCGAACGACGACGGGUCACCGUCGCUCACGCGUCUCGGCGCCAUUGUGGAGCAGAUUGCGGCACUGAAUCAAGCCGGCGUCGAAGUCAUCUUUGUGAGUUCCGGAGCCGUCGGCAUGGGCAAGAAUCUCUUGCGCAAACAGGCACGCCUCAACAUGAGCUUCAAGGAUCUGCACAAGUCCGACAGUCACCACGCGCACUUGGGGAGUGGACUGCACGCCUCCUACGCGGCGGCGGGACAAUUCGAACUCAUGAAUCUCUACCAGAGUCUCUUCUCGCCCAAGGGCGUCACGGCGUCGCAAAUGUUGCUCACACAGGCGGAUUUCGGGGACGCACAUCAUCUGCAGAACCUACGCUACGCCGUGGAUCGACUCCUCUCGCUCGGUAUUGUCCCCAUUGUCAACGAAAACGAUGCCGUAUCCGUACUGCCCGGAACCACGCAAGAAGCCGAACCCGUCUUUUCCGACAACGACAGUCUCGCGGCGCUCUGCGCCCGCACCUUCGGAGCCGAAGUACUCCUCCUGCUCACCGAUGUGGACGGUGUCUACACGCUCCCGCCCACACACCCCAAGGCCAAACUCAUACCCUUUUAUCACGCCAACACGGAACAAGUCGGAAUCGGCGUCAAGAGUGCCCAAGGUCGCGGCGGGAUGGCCGCCAAAAUUGAUGCCGCCCGGAACGCCGUCGCACCCGGAUCGGCCUGUACCGCCUGCGUUAUUUGCGCCGGGAGUGACCUCGACGUCGUCCGUGCCGUACUCAGUAAGGACUGGGACGGGGCCGAAACCGGCAAGGGCACUCUCUUUGCCACCCCCGAAUCGUGUUCGGAUGGGGCCCGCGAUAUGGCCUUGCGGGCUCGCCGAGAAGCCCGUAAACUCCAGGCACUCCCGGCCGAAGUUCGUCGGAAUAUACUCAACGCCGUUGCCGACGCCCUGCUGACCCGCAAGGACGAAAUCGUACAGGCCAACCAACUUGAUUUGGCCAACGCCGCCCAAGACAAAGUGGCGGGACCUCUCGUCAAGAGACUCGGCUUGACGGACGAAAAACUGGCCACGCUUGUGACCGGUAUUCGCCAACUCGCCACACUCCCAGAUCCCCUCGGCAACGUCAAGGCCAAACGAGAACUGGCCGACGGACUCGAAUUGUCCCUCACCACCGUCCCCAUUGGCGUACUCCUCAUUAUCUUUGAAUCUCGACCGGAUAGCCUACCCCAAAUUGCCUCGCUCGCACUAGCCUCCAGCAAUGGGCUCUUGCUCAAGGGCGGCAAGGAGGCCUACCAUUCCAACACGGCCUUGCACGACGUUAUUGGAGAUGCCAUUGAAAAAGGCAGUGAAGGACUCAUUUCCAAAGACAUUAUUGGUCUCGUCACGUCUCGUGGUCAAGUCAAUGAUCUACUCUCCCUCGACGACACGAUCGAUUUGGUCAUUCCUCGGGGUUCCAACGCCCUGGUCAGCUACAUUCAGGAGAAUACCAAGAUUCCGGUUUUGGGACACGCCGACGGCGUGUGUCACGUCUAUAUUGACGCCAGUGCGUCGGCAGAAGCCGCGUGUCGGAUUGCCGUCGACGCCAAGACGGACUAUCCCUCCGCCUGCAACGCCAUGGAAACCUUGCUUUUACACGCCGACACGGUCGAAAACGGCGUCGCCUUGAAUGUCUUACAGGCCCUCCGCUCGGCCGGCGUCAAGUGCCUCGGUGGCCCCAAAGCCAUGAAGGCUGGAUUAAGCGACGUGGCCACCCAAAAGACCAAGCACGAGUACGGCGAUUUGACGUGCCUGGUCGAAAUUGUCGACAGCAUAGACGAGGCUAUUGACUGGAUCCACGAAAACGGUAGUGGCCACACCGAAGCGAUUGUGUGUGCGCCGGACUCGCCCGCCGGAGAAAUUUUUCUACAAAAGGUCGACGCCGCUUGCGUCUUUUGCAAUACCUCGACCCGUUUCGCCGACGGUUACCGGCUCGGGCUCGGCGCCGAAGUGGGUAUUUCCACCGGUCGGAUUCAUGCGCGGGGACCCGUCGGAGUCGAAGGACUUUUGACGACCAAGUGGCAGUUGCGUAGUCUGUCGGGAGAAUCUUACCUGGCGACCGACUUUGCCGGGGCCGACCCGAAACGGACGUUCACCCACAAGAAUUUGCUGUAAGCUCAGGUUAUGGGUGGUAGUGGCUGGUAUCUCUGUUGGGCCUCGGUACGUACGGACUUUUUUGGUUGGGAUACGAUAAACGCCCUCGAACUACGGUGUGAUUGUGUGUAGCUCAUUGACUGUGAGUAGACGAUGGCACUCUCGGCAGUUUUGCAUCCGCACACAUAUCCACGCCACCUCUCGUUUUAGAUUAAUCUCAUUGUUCUAUUAAAACAAACUGGACAAUGU